CCCGGCCCGGCUCGGCCCGGCCGCCCGCGCGCGGCUCCUGGAGCGCCCCGGGCCCGGCCCGGGCGGCGGCAGCGGCUCUAUCUUAGGGUCUCGGCGGCACUCGCGCGCCGCGCCGCAGCCAUGGCCUUGGUGACCCUGCAACGCUCGCCCACGCCCAGCGCCGCCUCCUCCUCCGCCAGCAACAGCGAGUUGGAGGCUGGCAGCGAUGAAGAUCGGAAGUUAAACCUCAGCUUAAGUGAGAGCUUUUUCAUGGUGAAAGGAGCAGCCCUCUUCUUACAACAGGGAAACAGCCCUCAAGGCCAGAGGAGUCUUCAGCAUCCCCACAAGCAUGCAGGUGACUUGCCCCAACAUCUUCAAGUAAUGAUCAACCUUCUGCGGUGUGAAGACAGAAUCAAGCUGGCUGUGCGCUUGGAGAGUGCCUGGGCGGAGCGGGUCCGGUACAUGGUGGUGGUGGACAGCAGCGGGCGCCAGGACACUGAGGAGAGCAUCUUGCUGGGAGUCGACUUUUCCAGUAAGGAAAGUAAAAGCUGCACCAUUGGCAUGGUCCUCCGACUGUGGAGCGACACAAAAAUCCACCUUGACGGAGAUGGCGGAUUCAGUGUCAGCACAGCAGGAAGGAUGCACGUCUUCAAGCCCGUAUCCGUCCAGGCCAUGUGGUCUGCCCUGCAGGUCCUUCACAAGGCCUGUGAAGUGGCACGACGGCACAACUACUUCCCCGGGGGUGUGGCCCUCAUCUGGGCCACCUACUAUGAGAGCUGCAUCAGCUCUGAUCAAAGCUGCAUCAACGAGUGGAAUGCCAUGCAGGACCUGGAGUCCACGCGGCCCGACUCCCCAGCCCUAUUCGUGGACAAGCCAACUGAAGGGGAAAGGACUGAGCGCCUCAUCAAAGCCAAACUCCGGAGCAUCAUGAUGAGCCAGGAUCUAGAAAACGUGACCUCCAAAGAAAUCCGUAAUGAGUUAGAGAAACAGAUGAACUGUAACUUGAAAGAAUUCAAAGAAUUCAUAGACAACGAGAUGCUGCUUAUCCUGGGACAGAUGGACAAACCCUCCUUGAUCUUCGAUCAUCUUUAUCUCGGCUCGGAAUGGAAUGCAUCCAAUCUGGAGGAACUGCAGGGCUCAGGCGUGGACUACAUUCUGAAUGUCACUAGAGAGAUAGACAAUUUUUUUCCUGGCUUAUUUGCGUAUCAUAACAUCCGAGUGUAUGAUGAAGAGACAACUGACCUUCUUGCCCACUGGAACGAAGCUUACCAUUUCAUAAACAAAGCGAAGAGGAACCACUCCAAGUGCCUGGUACAUUGCAAAAUGGGUGUCAGUCGAUCGGCUUCCACCGUCAUAGCCUAUGCCAUGAAGGAAUUUGGCUGGCCUCUGGAGAAAGCUUACAACUAUGUGAAGCAAAAGCGCAGCAUUACACGCCCCAACGCAGGCUUUAUGAGGCAGCUGUCUGAGUAUGAAGGCAUCUUGGAUGCGAGCAAACAGCGGCACAACAAGCUGUGGCGCCAGCAGACCAAGAGCUGCCUGCAGCAGCCUGUGGAUGACCCUGCAGGGCCUGGGGACUUCUUGCCAGAGACCCUGGAUGACACCCCAGAAGGCCAGCUGCCCUGCUUGGACGAUGCCGCCCAGCCUGGUUUCCCAGGCAGCAGGUCCUCAGGAGGACCCGCUCUUCCCUGCUGUUUCCGGCGACUCUCAGACCCUGUCCUGCACUCCCUGAAUGACGAAACAGGCAGCGUGGUCCCCCUGGAGGACCUGGAGAGGGACGCUCUGUUGGGGGAAACGGCUCAGCCAGCAGAGGGUCACAAGCCUGCCAGACAUGGCCAGGAAGGUUCUGGACUCUGUGAGAAGGAAAUGAAGAAGAAACUAGAGUUUGGGAGCCCCGAAGCCCGCUGUGGCUCCUUGCCACAGGUGGAGGAGAUGGAAAGGGAGGAGGGCCCCGGAGGAGGGAGGUGGGGGCAGCCCCCAGCCCAGCUUGAUAAAACCCUGCUCAACUGCGAAAACCUAAAUAACAACAACAGCAAGAGGAGCUGCCCGGACGACUUUGAGCAUGCUGCCCUUUUUGGGAUCCUUAACAAAGUGAAGCCUUCCUACAAAUCCUGUGCCGACUGCAUGUACCCUACAGCCAUCAGGGCUCCAGAGGCCUUGGGGGAGCAGUGCGAGAACCCCUGUGCUCCUGCCAUCUGCACCCAGCCAGCCUUCCUGCCCCACCUCACUUCUUCCCCUGUGGGCCACAUGUCUUGUAGGUCCCGAGCUUUGGAGAAGCUGGCCUCUGGGCCAACCAAAAGUCCCCCAUUUCUACCACCAGCAGGCUCGAGGAGGCCAGACUCCAGUGGUUCUGGGGCAGGGGCUGUCCCAGAGCUACCAGCUAGCCUUUUGGAACCUUCCAGAGAGACCCAAAAAGUCCUGCCAAAGUCCCUCCUUUUGAAGAACUCUCACUGUGAUAAGAACUCUCCCACCAUGGAAGUCGUGAAGGAGGAACCGCCAUCUAAGAAAGAUCUGAAGCCGGCCAAGGACCUGCGUCUGCUGUUCAGUAAAGAAUCCGAGAAACCCACAACCAACAGCUACUUGAUGCAGCACCAGGAAUCCAUCAUUCAGCUGCAGAAGGCAGGCUUGGUCCGCAAGCACACCAAAGAACUGGAGAGGCUAAAGGGCAUGCCUGCAGACCCAGCGUCUCCCUUCAGGGACAGCGCCAGCAGCAGGCUGGAGGCCAGCAUACCAGAGGAGAACCAGGAUCUGGCUGCUGUCCCUCCCCCGGGACCCCCGGCUCCACCCAGCAUUGCUGGGGGCGAGAAGUCAGACUCUGCCCACCCCCCACCGGAAGGGGCCUCGUUGAAAAGCCCCACUCCCUUCCUCUGCCGCCUGGACCACACCAGUCAUUUCUCAAAAGACUUUCUGAAGACCAUCUGCUACACACCCACCUCCUCCUCCAUGAGUUCCAACCUGACCCGGAGUUCCAGCAGUGACAGCAUCCACAGCGUCCGUGGGAAGCCGGGCCUGGUGAAGCAGCGGACGCAGGAGAUCGAGACCCGGCUCCGCCUGGCAGGCCUCACGGUUUCGUCCCCACUGAAGCGCUCCCACUCUCUUGCCAAGCUUGGAAGUCUCAACUUCUCGACCGAGGACCUGUCCUGUGAGGCCGACGUGUCCACAAUAGCCGACUCCCAGGGUGCCAAGCUGAGUGAGUGUUCCUUCUUGAACGCGUCCCAGGCAACCGCAGGGAAUCCAGCCGCAACCUCUGAACAGUCAGGGAAAUCUGCCCCAGAAAACUUGAGAAGCUCCUCGUCGAUGAGCAAAAGCUGACCCGCCUUUGCUGCGAUUGGACUUAACAUUUUCACAUGAUUCUUCCCUUAGUUUCACUGUGCAUUUUGCUCAGCCCAGUACAUCUUGAUUUCUCGUAACAAUUGGCAUUCUCCUAACUGUUCUUCCCUUCUUGCCACCGGGGGAGGUGAAGGAACAAAAAUAACUUAACACGUAGCACAAGAAGAAAGGGGAGAUGUCAGUGGUGUGGCCUGGGGGAACCAGAAGCUGUCAACCAGUAGGCACAAAAUUCUAAUCCCCAAGUCAUGUGUUUCUUUUUCAAAACCAAUCAUGUUUAAAGAAGAGCAUAGACAGAUAUGCACACAUACUGUUGUACUCUGCAACAUGCGAAAGAAUAGUUGUGGUGACGGGAUCAUCACCCUGGGGCACGUUCCUAGCUCGUUCAGGCCCUCUUGGGAAAACUCUUGGAUGGCAAUAUAAGUCCUACCUCUGUUCCUGCUGUGCUUUUGAUUUUUAAAAUACAGUAAUGACCAAGGCUCCUUCCAGGGAAAAAUGCUGUGUCAGGAAACAAAAUUUGUAUUUUUUUGGUUGGGACCCCAAAAAGUGUUAAGACUAUAAAGUGGACCAUACCACGCACUGCCAGGUAAAGUCAUACACAGGCGUAAAUGCUGUGGCACCAGCCCUGUGGUGCGUGGAGACCCUCUGUGCAGUGGACUUCUCUGGCCUGCUGUGUUGUCGCAGCUGAGUGAUGAGUGUCUGGCCUGCACUGGGUGCGGUGGGGGGGAUGUGAUGUCCUCUGCUGGGGCUAAUGGUGAGGUUCAGAUUGCUCCCCACCUGGCCUCCAGAGCACUGUUGAGUCUCACCUGCUGCUGAACCCAGUGUGGCUGUGUGGUUUUGAAAGCACUCGCGUGUCUGGCAGGGGUGUGGUUCUGAGAUGGGGUCACCCUGCCAGCAGUCCGGCCCAUGGGUUUGUUAGGUCCCAUCCACUCCUGUCUGGCAGGGAGAGGAAAUGUUGGUUGGCGGUGAGGCUCUCCUGUCAGUCCCUAUUCAGGAGCAACUCAGAAGCAGCUUCUCUGUGAGGAACUGCACUGUAGAGAAGCUUCCCGGAUGUUUACUGCUUCCUGCUUGUCUCCCACUCUUCUCAGCAGUGAGGAUGGAGUAAAGGAGGGGUCUGUAGUCCCUGGCUGGGCUCGGGGGCAGCGCCUUUGAGAAUUAGGUGAGCUUUGUGGGACAUGCUGCUGCAGGCUCUGGGCUUAAGUGGAGGGACUCACUUACUGUCAGCAAGACAGGAUGAUGAAAUAUUCUGAAGAGAGGGAAGAGGCUUGGUAGAGAAGGCAGGAAGUUUUAAUUCAGGGGUCAGCAAACUAUGGUGUGUGGCCCCAUGAGCUGAGAAUGGUUUUUACAUUUUUAAGGGAUUAUAAAAAAAGAAGCUAAUACACCGCAGAGACCAUGUAACCUGCAAAGCCUAAGAUAUCUACUAUCAGGCUCUUUGUAGAAAAAAAUUGCUGACCUCUGGUUUUAUUUGACAACACAGGCCUGCCCAGAGCCCUCCAGGAAGAAGCUGGGUAAAUUUGAAGGCCUUCCCUGCCUCUUCAACAUGUCAUGCCAAGCCCUUCCCUCCCCACCACCCGGACUUUGUCGCCCACCUGUAGGGUGGCUUUGUACACGCAGGGGCACUGCUCGCUGAAGUGCUCCCACAUCUGCAACUCGCUCUCCGCUGGGUCAGCCAGAGUGAUUCGGUGACACCAGAAAGCCUCCAAAGGCCAGGCCACUUCUGAAAGUGGGCGAAUGAGUCACCAUCGUACACCUUACAUUGGUCAGAACUGGGCCUCCCGAAGCAGCCAUUCCAGAGAGCACCCCAGGCAGGGUCUUCAGGAGCAAGACUAGCCCCCAUUUCAACAAGUGGAUAGUCGUUGCAAAAACCCUCUCUCCAGGACCUUUUUCUCCCUGGCAUUGUUUUCUGUUUUUGUUUUUGUAAGCAUACAUUAUUUCACUUUAUACCUUAAGAAUUUAUUUUUCCACCACUGACAAUUGAGAUCAUCUGAAAUGGUGAUUACCUACUUAAGCCCUGUUGAGUCCCCCUCUUCCCUGCCAGCAAAAGCGUAUUCUCAUAAAAUAUAUCAAGUUCGAUGUUUUGCCAAAGUAAAUUUCAUGUGGUGGAUCAAUUUUUGUGUCAAAAUAAUCCUUUAGAUUUGGUGAUGACAGGCUUAUGUUGGUUUUUUAGGCUCAUCUGUGUAUAAGAACAGUAUGGUUUAAAAAACUUUAAUUUUGAAAGCCAUAAUUUUUCUUAAUCAGUUAAAAGGUGGGGGAGGAUUACAAAUAUGAGUGGGUCUUUGGCUUUUGGCAGACUUACCCAUUCAUUUUCAGAAGCACAGCUCGUACAGCAGCAGCUGAACAGACCAGGGCUCAGGUGCCCAUCAUCGGAGCAGAAUGAAGCGUGCUCGCGCUGACAGGUGUCACUGGGGCCUGGAGAGAAGGACCGGUGUUUCUCCCAAGACCCAGAUUGGCUGCAUGUAAGCAUAUGGCAAAUUGCUCUUGAAAAUAUACUGACAGAACAAGCAUCCUGCCAGGCUUGGGGGCACCUUGGUAAAGACGGAUUCAUACCAGAGUCUGAAAAGAAAGUUUGCACCAUGAGAUAUGCCGUACCUUGGCCAAUACUUUGCCUGAAGUCCUAGCUGAUGGGGAAGAUUCUGAACAGGAGUGGCAGGGUGAGCGGCAGGGGUUUAUGCUGUGAAAACCAUUGAUUUUGGUGACGGCCGUUUUCAGGGAAUGCCUUUGCUGAAUUAACAGAGAAUGAAAACUUUUCUAAAUCUUGAUUGAUGCCCUGUGUAGUCAGCUGCAUUUCUUCUUUCACUUUGACUUCCACUUUCAUUCAUGUGCCGUACCAAAAGUUAGGCUAAACUUUUCUAGAUCUCCUUGCAUUGAUACAGGGAGGUCUGUCUGGCAACCAGGCUGUCCUCUGAGCAUGAUUUGACAAUGCCAGCUUUCUCUUAGGGCUGCUUCAGGGUCGUGGAGCAGUGUCCGUCAUUGCAUGACCUUAAGAACAAGGUGUACUGCUUUUAGCGUUCCUUGCUUCUGUGAUCUCAGUGUGGGGACCCAGGCCCACCUUUGGGCUGCUGGGGAGGGGCACCCUGUCCAGGCAUUCAGAGUACUCACAGGUGCUCACAGGUGGCUGCACUGUUCAACCUCUUCUCCACCCGACCCUCUCCAGCUAAGAAGCAUUCCAGCCCAUUCUAAAGCCCCUUGUGGGUAAGUGCAGAGGUGCCACAGGACGGAGACAAAGUUGCAAUAGAGUUAACAUCUUCAGUAAACCCUGUACUUUGGCACUCUUACCUCCACAUGGGCAGGAUGCCAGAAGGUUGACGACUCCCCCUCUUCCCUGGGGUCAUUUCUUCCUAGUGAGAACAAAUGUGGCACCAUUUAGUCAAGAUCACACACAUCACCUCACCCAGGGUGUCUGAAGAGGGACCGCUCUGUUGAGCAGAAGUGCCUGGUGCCAGAAUAUAUUUCACCCAACCCUACUCUGCUCGCCACCUAGCAGGGCUUCCCCAAAACACACAUGACGCAGCAAGGGUGACGGCCUCUCUGGCAGGAGAGCUAGAUGGCCCAGGAAAUUAGCGACAUGGGGACAGCACAGUGCAGUACCUGCUCUGGUCUCACCCCUCAGGGUCUUGCAGAUGCCACAUGCCAAACAAAAGCUGAUUGACCCCCCGUGCUCAACUACUUGGUUUUUUUAUUGUCUGCUCUGCAUUUGAAUACCCACGUGUAUGAGUCCACUGCGUGUAUAGAUACAGGCAUAUUUAAAACUUGAAUAAGAUCAUCUUGUGCAUCACUUCUCUCACCCACACACAUGCUGCGCCACUGAGCAUGAAGCAGGCCACCUUGACCGAUUCAGCGGGACACCGCACAGCGCUACCCUCGGCAGAUCUGAUGUGACUGCCUUGUCCUGUGGUAGGUGCUAUGGCCCCAGCUUCAGUCAGUCCCUCAAGCAGGGGUCUUUAUAACCAGACCUCCAGUUCCCUGCUGCCCUUACGUUGGCCGUGCUGCGCCAGAAGAUGGCUGCUUCCUCCCUCUUUUCCUACACUGUAAUUAUUGUUUUACAAUGGAGUGCCUUAAUAAUAGUUUACAAAUACUGUGUAUUUAUAAGGGAAACUGUUAAGCUCUCACUUUCUGUGAUUGGAAACUUUGCCUUGUCAGUGGUGGUUGGCGUUUGGGCUGGAGCUCGCCCAUCCCUUACUCGUACAUUUUGACACGUGUGCCCACAACGGCCUGAGGAGCAUUGCUAGAAAUGGCGCUGGUAGUUCCCGCAGGCAAGGCAGGCAUUGACUCACACUUCGUGCCAUUGUAGCGAGGAAAGAACGGAACUUGGUUUGGUAGCCAGCUGGGGGAUGGCACAGUCCACGGCCCUGUCUGGACUUCAGCCCAGCACACGUACCCCCACCGACCCCCCGUUUCUCCCAUCACAUAAUUGUACUCUUGCAGAUUUUAUUACCACCUAGGCCACCCUGUUUUCCUCUCUGUUGGUGUAGGUACAAAUAACACCCCCCACCUCAAGAUCAGGAGCUCCACAAGAUAAGUUCUUCAGGUUUCAGAAACUGCCGGUGGGUUCCAGUGUGUUGCAUUAUGAUAUUGAUGAUUUUUAAUUAUAUUGCUUUCCUUGUUUUUUUAUAUUAUGUAUUUAAAAGGCAGUAUCUUUUAUACUGUGAAUUUGCAGUAGAAGAUGCAUAAUGCACUUUUUUUUUUUUUACUUAUGUUGGUGUGUACUGUAUAUAGUCUGUGUGCUUCUUGUGAUGAAAAUAAACUUUUUCUUUAUAAA